AUGUCCAAUCAAACGGUGAUGGAGAUGGUCCCAAUGCCGAUGGUGUUCACUACGUUGGCAUUUUCGAUUGUUGGCUUCCUUGGAAAUGGAAUUAUAGUGCUAGCGACUUUUGCGUCGCCUAGUUUGAAAAAUCGCUGCAAUAUUCUUAUUUGCAUAUUAGCGACCGCAGAUUUUGUUGUAUGUGGAUACUUGAUUCAACUACGUAUACAAAUGCUCAAAAACUGGUAUUUUCAAAAGAAUAGUGAAUGCUUCGCUCACAGUAUCUACGGUCUUUUUGCGCUAAAUAUUCAAGCUGGAAUGGGUCUUAUACUAGGAAUCGAUCGGCUCUUUGCUGUUACUUUAUCCGUGAGGUACUCACGCCUUCCGAAGCGUUUAUACUUUGUAAUGAUGAUGUUCGUAUUGAGCUAUGCUGCUUUAAUGACAUUCUACGGUUAUUUAGACUCAUCAGAUGUUCGCGUACCGAUUUGUCUUCCUCCUACCGCUUAUAACAAAUCAUCGAGGCUAGUAUGGAUCGGUUCGAACUUCCUAAUUGCAAUCAUGGUCAUAUUCGUAUACGGUGCUGCUCAUAUGAAAUGUCGCGUGAUGAGAGCACAAAAUACACACGAACAGAGUGUUGAGCGUAUUCGUCGACUUCUGUACUCCCUUUCGAUUGUUAUGGGUGUAUACACAUCAACGUGGUUCCUUACAGUCAUAGCGCUACUCGUUACACAGCUUUUCUCACUUUCACCCUCGUUAAUAGGGGAAAUAAAUCAACAACUUGGAUGGUUGGUAAUUAUUAAUGCUUCAACGAACUUUUUUAUUUACAUGUGGAGAGCACCCGAGUACAGAAAAGCCGUUCUAUACUUAUUAUGUCCAACCUACAAGAAGAAAUUAACUACAGAUCUUCAAUCAUUCAGUAUGAAGAGCGCUAAAACAGUCAUCGUAAAGCGACCGAUCAUCAGUAAACGUUUUGCAAACUGUGUAAAUAGUGAUGACCAUUAA